GGCAUUCGAGCCUUGAAGGAUCAGGACAAGUAGACAAGGAUGGAUCAGCGCAUUCCAAGCGGCCGGCAUGGAGCGAGCUGUGGUUGGUGCUUAGGCAAAACCAGAGCGAUCGACGCACUCUAUCCUCCUUCACUCAGGACUUCCUGCUCUCCCAUCCUCGUCCCUGGAUUGGCCAUGAAAGGGGUCAUCUACUCCUCGGGCCUGCGCGAUGCGGGACGAGAGACGAGGAGGGCGGGCAAGAUGGCGGCUACUCCUGCCGGUGUGGGCCGGCUAGAGGAAGAGGCGUUGCGGCGAAAGGAACGGCUGAAGGCUCUGCGGGAGAAAACCGGGCGCAAGGACAAGGAAGACGGGGAGCCAAAGACCAAGCAGCUCAGAGAAGGGGAGGAGGAAGGCGAGAAACACAGGGAACUCAGGCUGCGGAACUAUGUCCCAGAGGAUGAGGACCUGAAGAGGAGGAGGGUGCCCCCAGCCAAACCAGUCGCGGUGGAAGAGAAGGUGAAGGAGCAGCUGGAGGCCGCCAAGCCAGAGCCCGUCAUUGAGGAAGUGGACCUGGCUAACCUUGCACCCCGGAAGCCUGAUUGGGACCUCAAGAGAGACGUAGCCAAGAAGCUGGAGAAGUUAGAAAAGCGGACCCAGAGAGCCAUUGCUGAACUGAUCCGCGAGAGGCUGAAAGGCCAGGAGGAUAGCUUGGCCUCUGCGGUGGACGCCAACACAGAACAAGAGGCCUGCGACUCCGACUGAGGCGUGCCCUGUCCCCUCACCCAUCUGUCAGCCCUGUCCUUGGGCAAGGGUAGGGGCUGGGCUUGCCAUCACUUCCAGUUUGGCUUCAGAGCAGUGACUCCCUGCCCCAUCAGUCUGAAAACCCCCCACCCCCAUGGAGUGAGGUCAACUCCUUGUCUCCUGAGUGGUCCCCACCACCCUGAGUGGGGACAGAGCCAGCAGCAAUUCUGUAGACUGGCUGUGUCUGUACAUAUGUAUGUGUUUGGAAUAUUUUUUUAAUCUCUGGAAAUAGAAACAAGCAGACCCCUGUGUGUGGUAGAAACCUAUCAAAUAUUUCCUGGGUCCUUGGGGCACUGUGGGAUCGGGCCCCAAGACAGGGUGGCUACAGAGGUCAUGCUUAAUUUGUAAGCCCUGUGUUGGGCUGAGCAUGUUGAGGCUGGAGGAGUGGGGAAGGCCCAGGUGUGACCUUCAGGGCCUAGGUCUUGACCCAGUCCUUGGUCAGUGAUGGUCAUCUCAAACCCUUGGGUGACAGAGACAUGGUCUGAGAGGAUUCUUAAGACCUCCCACAGGCCUAGGCCUUGCAGUAGUCUGUGGGACAGCCUGGAGAGGCUCCCAUCUUGGUCUUCUGUGGACCCCCUCAGAGGGUGAGAGGGAGAGGGAAGAGACUGGGCCCAUGAAGGGGGUGAGCUAUACCCUGGCCAGCCUCAACUCUAGGCUGCUCCAGAUUUGAGGCCCCCAGCACUGUUCUUUUCCACUCUGCCCAGCCCCAGGCAGCCCCUCUCCCCACUUCACCAGUCAGCUAGACUAUGGCUCCCCUAGGACAGGGCCCCUGUGUGGGGGAGGGUGGCCCUUUCUGCUAGAGACUAGAGUAUGGUAAGCUGGGUUUCACAUGUGGUCUUGGACCCUGGCCCCCCAGGUCCUGGCUUUUGGACCAUGAGCCUCCUCUGUGGAGCUGACUCUCCAGAGUGACUGGCUGGCCACAACUCUGACUCCAGGUACCUGUGGCCAACUAGAAUUUCAUCUCCCUCAGAAUGAUAACACUCUUGAGUUUCCUCCAGGGUUUCCCCGUGAGCCUCCUGCCCCUGAGUCAUCCCAGUGUGUUUUUUCCUCUGUGCUGAGAUGGCCUGGCUCUGGGAGGCAGUGCUGAGAACUUGGGCCAUAGAGGUGAAAUAUGUGCACACAGGGACCAGCACACUCAUUCAAUAAAGUAAAUACUUUAAGUUAAAAUUA